GGCAAAUGGCUGGUAGUGAUGGCCAACUGUACGCACUUGGGUUGCAUACCGAUCGCCAAUCAGGGCAAUUGGGGCGGCUUUUACUGUCCCUGUCAUGGCUCCCAUUACGACGCCUCCGGCCGUAUACGCAAAGGCCCGGCCCCUCUCAACCUCGAGGUGCCCGACCAUCACGUGCUCGAAGCCGAGAAUAAGCUGAUUUUGGGCCUUAAAACACCCGCAGUAUAAGAGAGGACAGUUGGACACCCUAUAGCUGGCCUACAGAGUAGUAGUCUAUUUUUUUGGCUAUUAUUUCGCUAUCAUUUGUGUUGUAAUUUAGCCG